GUGCUCGGGUAGUGACAGACAGAUGCAAUGCGAGUGAAGGAAAUGGCGGCUGAGCAGGACGAACGUUUCCCCUCCUAGAUUCUGCAAAAGCGUUACAUUCAUAUAGCCUUAUCAUCUGCUUUCAUUUGCUCUCUACUGCACUUUAAAAACUUUACCGAGAGAAUUGGAUGCUGUUGUCACCAAAGACGUUGACAGAGAAGAAACAGUGUUGCAGACACCAACCGAAUAUGAAGAAAAAAAUACAAUCCAAGAACAGGAAUCCAUCUUUAUACGAUCUCAGGAUUACUCCAUAUUUCAGAAGAAGCCUUUAUCACCACGCGUACAUUGCAGCACAGUGGAAUUCUUUUCUUCACAUCUCCCAGCUGAGGAAGUUUUGUUCAGAGUGCUAUUGACUAUUUAAUAGGGACUUCAAGGCUGAUUUAUUCUUCAACAUCUGUGAAGAUUUGCAGUGCCAGAACACACGGAGUGCAGUUCCUGCCAGCCUCAGUCUGCCGACCGCAAACAGCACCACCUCUGUCAAAUCCUGCGCCAUCAGCGAUGCCAACUGGCCCAGAAACCGCCAACGCCCGCCACAUCUCAGCCGGAAGCAACUGCUGAAAGUUUAGCGCCGUGUCGCGGCCCUCGCCGCCAACCUGGGAACUCAAGUGCAGCUCACGUCCAUCCACCGGGGGAAGCAAAACGCUGAGGGGUCUGAAGUAUUCUGCACCAAAGCUCACCUCUCAGGCAUGGCUCCCAUUCGGGACUCGGUCAGCCACUCCCCUAACCAAACAGGUUUGGAUCACGCUGGUCUGGACCCUCAGUAUGAGAAUUCACCCUGGAGCUCUGGCUCACCCUGCAGUGACUCAAACAGUAACUGGGGCAAAGUGAUUGUAGACAGCUGUGAUAAGGGAGCCUGGCCUUCCAUCACUGGUAGUGACCCUGAGCUGGCCUCAGAAUGUAUAGAUGCUGACUCUGUCUCCAGCUCCGGGUCUGAGAAAAACCUCUGUAUGAUGGCGUCUGGGAUUGCUGGUGGUGACAGCAAUGGCAAUAGGCAAGGCAGCAAUCAAGGUUCUCAUUUUAUGGUUGCAAAUGGCAGCAAUAAUAUGGCUAAUGGGAGUGUUAAGGGUCCUUGGGGCUCAGUGCUAAGCACAUGUCAAGGUUCUGGAGAGAGCCCCAGUGACAAGCUGGCAGAAGGUGGUCAUGGAAAAAUGAAUGCAUGGGGUACCCAAGGUCCCUCGACUAAUGGAGGUGUAAAUCCAAGCACUUUGAACCCAAACGCCAACCAUGGUGCCUGGCCCGUUCUUCAGAAUGCCGGUCCCAACUCCCACGGGGCUUUAGGCAAUGGGAACGGGGGUGCCAACACUCAACGAAGCACCAUAGGUCAAGUGCCCAACAUGCAGAGUGUAAACUCUAAGAUGUCUUGGGGAAGCCUGCAGGAAAAGGUGGUCGACUCUGAAGUCAAUGGUACAAGCAAGGUUCUAAGUGGGCCGCCUCAAAACCUUAACACUGAAUUUAACGGACCAAAUAACACUACUAACCCUAUGACCUCUAGUUUACCAAACUCUACAGGUUCACUGCAAAUGACUGAACGAUCCUGGCCUGUGAGCACAGGGGGAUCCCCUCAGCUCCAAACUUCUCCUGUCUCUAACGGCACUUCCAUUUCUCAGCAUGGCAACAGCGAGGGGAUGAACAGCGGGUCCUACGGUACAGCAUGGGGUGCUCCGCCCAGCACUACUUACUCUGGAGACAAAUGUUCUGUCCCAAAAGGCCAAGCUGUGGGCGACACUGUGAAUGCAACUCUAAUGCAGUCCGGAACUAAUGGAUCUUCUGUGAGCGCUGCUUCUUUCAAAAAUAAUAAUAACGGAAUCGUCAGUUGUGGAGGAGGCUGGGACUCUCAGUCCACUGCCUCUCAAAAUUUGACUUGGGGAGCAGGCAACAGCAUGGGUGCUGCUGGAGCCUCAUGUCCCUGGGGUAGCACCUCUUCUUCCUCGUCGUCCUCAUCAACGUCUUCAAACACUGGCACUAAAGUCUCAAGUGGGGAGUGGGGCGCAUUGCCCAGCAACAAUCAGCAUUCCAGUGAUGGCACAAGCGGGAGCAGGAAGGGAACAAAUGGGUGGAAGUCCUUGGAAGAUGACGCUCUUGGGAUAGGGAGCGGUUGUCAGUCAUCCCAAGGCAGCACAUGGAACAAAUCUACAGGCAGUGAAGGAAGUGGGGAAAGUUUGGGACCUCGUAGUGAGAAGGAUGGACAGCGCAGUGGCAACCGCAGGAGGGGCAACCAGCAAAGUUUGAUUCAAGCAGCUCUCUCUAGAACCGAUAUGGACCCAAGGGUGCUAUCCAACCAAGGAUGGGGACAGACCCCAGUCCGACAAAACACUGCCUGGGAUGUGUCCAGCUCUGAGAAGAAGGCUGUAAAUGGGUCACAAGGAUGGGGUGGUGCUUCACCCCAGACAUCAAUCUCCCACAGUGGAUGGGGAGACACCCCCAGCACCAACACUAAUGAUGCUGGUGCAUCUGGAUGGGGUGAGCAAAAGCCUACCUCUGGAUGGGGGGAGACCAAAACUCAGAAUGGCUGGGAAGACUCUUCAGCCGGAAUGAACAAAGGUAAUUCAUCUUGGGGUAACUGCAAGGAUGACAAAUCCCCUUCCUGGAGUAAUGGACAAAAGACUAAACAGGGUUGGAGUGGAUCUUCUGGAGAAGGAUGGGGCGGAGAAGGGUCAAGAGGAAACCACUGGGGCGAGCCGCAAAAGUCUGGAUCCGGAGGGUGGGAUAGUGACAGCGACCGUUCCGGUUCGGGUUGGACUGAGACAGGGCGUUGUAACACAAACAACACUUGGGGAGGUAGUGGAGGCACUACCACUCCUGACCAAGGUGGUCAAUCAGCUGGAUGGGGAGAAUCGGUGAAGACUAACAAUCAGAACCAAGGCUGGGGUGAGCCAAUCAAACCAAGUCACUCCAACCCAGCCUGGGGUGAAGCCACAAAAUCCAGCAACCAGUCAGAGUGGGGAAAAGGCCAGGAUGCCAAUGCAGGGACCUUCAGGGCAGGAAAUGGAGCUCAAACUGGAGCCAAAAACAAGCCGACUGGAUGGCUGGGAGGUCCGAUGCCUGCUGCUGUAAAAGAGGAAGAGCCGACAGGUUGGGAAGAGCCAUCACCUGAAUCUGUCCGGCGCCGGAUGGAGAUUGAUGAUGGCACUUCCGCAUGGGGAGAUCCAAGCAAGUACAACUACGGCAAUGUGAACAUGUGGAACAAGAACAACUCCGCAGAGCAGGAUAUUUCACAGCAGCAACCACCUCCUCCGGCCCCAUGCUCCAUGGGGCAAAAAGAGAAGAGCUCAGGAUGGGGAGAGCCAUUUGCAGGUCCUCAAAAGGCGGAGUCCUCAUCAUGGACAGAGCCUUCGGUGGACAUUGGUACGUCUGCGUGGGGAAAGCCGAUGGAUUCUGGGUCGAGCUGGGAAGAUCCGGGAAGAGAGAACAGAGGAAAUGGGUGGAACUCGCAGUCACAGCACAAAUCUGGACCGAAGCCUGUGCAGAGCAGCUGGGAUGGGGAGAUGGCGAUGCCUGCUCCCUCUAACUGGGGGGAGGAAGAGGAGGAGGUGGAGAUCGGCAUGUGGAAUAAUAACACACCACAGGAAGUGAAUCAGUCAGGAAACUGGUCCUACUCGAAGAAGGUCCCUCCAAAGAUGAACAAAGGCACUGGGAAACCUGACGAUCCAUGGAUGAACCAGUUUGUGAAGCAGUUCAACAGCAUGAAUUUCCCUAGGGAUUCUGAAGACUCCCUGAAGAGCAAUAAGAUGGACAUGCCUACAGGAAUGAUGGAUAAAAGGAUGGAUAUGGAUAAACAUAGUAUUAACAUGCCAUCAGCCUCACGCCACCCAAUCCACAAAGAUCCGUCGCCCAUCGAUCGCAAUUCGUACAUGGAGAAGAAUGUUAACAUGUACAGUGGUGGAAAUGCAGCAGCACAAGGCAGAAACUCCCAGCAGCCUCCAGCACAACCUCUGAACUCGACUCAGUCCAAUUUACGCAACCAAGUGCCUCCUCCACUGCUCCCCUCUCAGGUCCCUCCAUCAUUGUUGAAGUAUCCACCCAAUAAUGCAGGUCUGAAUACGAUUUUUGGUCCUCAGCAGAUGGCUAUGCUCAAUCAGCUUUCCCAGCUCAACCAGCUCUCUCAGCUUAAUCAAAUAAAUCAGCUACAGCGUCUCCUUAUUCAGCAGAAAGCUCAGAGUCAGAGAGUCAUGACUGGCAACACCCGCCAAACCCAAGAGCAGCAGGUCCGUGGAUUUCCUGCAGGUGCCAUGGUCCCGCCUCCUCGUCAUGUGGAUCCUCCCCUGCUGAAGCAGCACUCCCCCCCACAGCCUGCAUCACUGCACCAGCCCAAACCCUAUAUGGAUAACUUCAUCAGCCUGAACACACCCGACUUGCACAAAGAACACCCACUCAACUCUUUCACCAACUUCCCUUUAGGCUUGGCCUCAAACUUGAAUGUAAACAAUCCUGAUAUUGGGAGUGUUGGGUUCAAAGAGCCACAGUCCCGUCUCAAGAAGUGGACCGCCAUGGAUGUUUCUAUUAACACGCCACUCGAUCAAAACCCCAGCAAACCUGGUGCUAUGUCCUCUCUGAGGAUUGAAGACCCUCCCUUUGGUCCGUACGACUUUAUAAACCCCAGUAAUUCUCCCAUCAGCCCUCCUGGUUCAGUGGGGGAUGGCUGGCCCACUCGUGCCAAAUCACCUCAUGCAUCCUCUAAUGUCAACUGGCCACCAGAGUUUCGUCCCGGUGAGCCAUGGAAAGGUUACCCGAACAUCGACCCUGAGACUGACCCGUUCGUCACUCCUGGCAGUGUGAUUAACAACCUCUCUAUUAACACAGUGCGGGAUGUUGAUCACCUCAGGGACAGGAACAAUGGGCCAUCCUCAUCACUAAACACCACGCUGCCUUCCAACAGUGCCUGGACAUCCAUUCGUGCCUCCAACCACAGUAGUUCCCUCAGCAGUACAGCACAAAGCACUUCAGCCAGAAGCAGUGAUUCUAAAUGGUCUCCUGGUUCAGUGUCUAACUCCUCUUUAGCUCAUGAGCUGUGGAAGGUUCCUCUGUCAUCUAAAGGCGUCUCUGCUCCGUCCCGUCCCCCACCCGGCCUCACCGGGCAGAAACAGCCCUCCUCCUGGGGCAAUAGCGCACUGAGACUCGGUGCCUGGGGCAGCUCUGAACCCAGAUACACCCCAGGCUCCAGCUGGGGUGAAAGCAGCUCAGGGAGAACCAACUGGCUCGUUCUCAAAAAUCUCACACCUCAGAUUGAUGGCUCCACCCUGCGUACUCUGUGCAUGCAGCAUGGUCCACUCAUCACAUUCCACCUGAACCUGCCACACGGAAAUGCUCUUGUCUGCUACAGCUCCAAGGAGGAGGCAGCAAAGGCUCAGAAAUCACUGCACAUGUGUGUGUUGGGGAACACUACUAUCCUGGCUGACUUUGCAAGCGAGGAGGAGAUAAAUCGAUUUUUUGCACAAGGCCAGUCGAUGUGCGUGUCUGCGGGCUGGCAGGCGCUAGCGUCCUCUCAGAGCCGACUCUCGUCAGACGCCUUUUCCAGCGGCGGCGGUGGGGGUGAGCUGCACUCGUCCUCCUCACUCUGGGGGACACCCAGCUACUCCAGCAGCCUAUGGGGAUCCAGCGCAUGCCCUGAGGGGGGCAAUCGGCUCAGCAGCCCCUCCCCCAUUGCUUCCUUCCUGCCAGUGGAUCACAUGACGGGAAGUGGCGACUCCAUGUAAUGCAUCAAAACACAACACAAAAAACCCUGUGACCUCAGCGUGGCAUAGCUCAUCUGAAUCAUGACUAUAUAGAUUCUUUAUGGAGAAAAAAAAAAUCUAAAGGCACUAGUUUCUUCACUUACAAGCGUAAUAAUAUUAAUCAUAAUAAGGCGGGGUCAACCUGUGGAAGUAAGUUACGACUUUUUGUUUUUGAUUUUUUUUUUUCUCUCUCUGCACAUAUGUCCACUUUGUUUUAGCCCAAAAACAAAAACAUAUCAGUGUGAAUACUUGAAUCAUGCAGGCCAAUACGAUAUAAUGUGAAAGGAUGCGUUUUAAACCUUCCAGGUCGUGCUCUUCAUAGCAGACAUACAGGAAAAACAAAAUCUUUCAGCUUAUUCAUGUUUAUCUGAAUUCCAGUUCUUUUAUUAUUUUUUUAUGUGUUUGUUUGCUGACAAUGUUUGAGCUUUUUUUUUUUUUUCUUUUUUUUUUUUUUUUAACUUUGCACUGAAUGUGGUUUUUCUCAGUAUAUAACUCUGCAAUAUCGAGGGAGCCGACAGUUCCAGUGUAGAUGUUUACUCAAGGAUGUUCUUAAAAUGCGUAUGUGUGUGUUAGCGAGUGUGUGGGGGUGUGUGUGUGUUUGUGUGCAUGAGUGUGUGCGCUCUACUAUGCCUUGACGUACGCCUACCUUAUCGUGGUAUUGUGGAGUCCGAGAUCAAGAUAAAGAUGCUGACCUUUAGGAUUACCUGAUGGUGAUAUUACACGUUAAAUGAGUAUUGCACCGAUUUAUCUCUCUUCUUUCUUUUUUUUUUUGUUUUUGUUUUAAAAGAAAACUAAAGAAUUUAGCAUUCUGCAGUCUAAAGAAACUGUAGCCACAGCUGUGACUCGCAAAAAAAACAGCACUUUGAAGAUAGGCUUUUGAUUACUUUGGUCUUUUUUGGAGGCACCACAUAGGGUUCCUCUUGUUUACAGACUUUCGAGGGGGGAAACGUACGCUCAUUCUUCCUUCAUUUUAAAUGAGAAACAUAAAAUGCACAAAAACCUUUAAAAAAUUAUAAAAUAAGGAAAAAAAAAUUCAUAAAAAAAAAUUAAAUAAAUUUUAAAAACGUUGGAAAAAAAAAAAAAACCUACAGAAACUUGUGGAUGAAGACGAUGCGGUGUAUCUCUGGGAAAUACUGAUCAGUGUUCGGCCAUGCCGUCGGUUAUUCGAUGUAUUCCUGUCGUCUGCUCAAUAACCAGCAUGGUUCUCAGGAAAUAUAGCCAGUUUUUUCCCCUCAAAUAAAAACUCCUAAUUGUAGGAAAAAUCAACUUUUAGCACUGAAACGACUACUUUGGAGCUGAGUGCGUUUAUUUCUCUGCCAAAUACCUGCUUUAAGCUGGAGACAUUCUACACACCGCGCUCAUCAACUGCCCCACUCACUUCCUUUCUCUAAUUCUGCUUCUUACUAUUCUACUCCUCCUUAUUUUUGUUAGUAUUCUCUUAUUACUCCUCUUUGGAUUUGUUUGUUCCCCCCAUCAGUGUUCUCUACUAUUUUUUCCAUAUAUAUAUAUAUUUUUUUCCCUUAUUCUUCAUUUUGCAUUUCAUUCUCUCUCUCUCUUUCCCUGUAUACCUUUACUGACGUUCUACUGUUUCCGUUUCUCUUUCUGUUUUCGUCUCAUCUGUUCUUUUUUCCUCAGUGUUUUUGAGUGUGGUUUGAAAGGAAAGAAAAAGCAGAAACUAUGCAUUUCCUGUAGCUCUGUGACGGAAUUGCUUUUUCUUUUUUCUUUUUUUUUUUUUAAGCUGAAGUUUUCCCAAAAGGCAUUUUGAAAAGCUGAUUGUAGACUAGCCUUCAUUUUUCAGCAUUUGCCACAGACGGCAGUUAGUUCAACUUUUAAGUCACCUACAUUUCAUUAAAUGUGUGUGUGUUUUCUUUUUGUUUCCCGAAGAUGAUGCAACACCGUGGCUUUUUAACUGUUUACAAAUCGAGUAUGAUUGUAACGUGUACAGGUCUCUGAAGUUCUUUUACAAUAUGGAUCAAUCUGGCUGCUCGUGUCAUUACGAUUAUCACUAUUAUUAUUAUUAUUAUUAUUGUGUUCUCCCUUUGGUUUCUCAGCGCUGGUGUGUCGGUGUGUGAACAGCUGGAGCCUCUGAUUGCGCCCUCAGAGGGGAAUGUAACCUAAACACACGCGUUAGUCAUGUACAUAAUAACCAUAUAUCGCAUUGUUGAUGCACAGAGAUGUCAGCAUUAGGCGAAGCCAUGGACCUUAAUGUGUGUGUAAGCUGUUUUAUGCUCCCUAUUGCGUGUGUGUGUGUGAGAGAGAAAGAUAUCCAUGUUUAAACCCGUGAGUAUUAGCCUUUAUUUUGCGACUUUAUGCUGCGUGUGCCAGUAUUGAACCGUUUUAAUAACCGCUUUACCAAAUCGACUUUAAUCAAAAGCUUCUUCGCUGUAUGAUUCCACAUUUCCAUUAAAAAAAAAAAAAAAAAAAUCCUAAAAUGCCUUGCGAUUGCACUUGGUGUGAACAAUCACUGGUGAAAGUGUUUGUCCAUGCAGAGUGUAGCUGUAGAGAGUGAGAGGGUUAUAUUGUGUGUGUGUGUGUGUGUGUGUGUGUCUACAUUACACUUUAACUGUACCCCACAAUACACACACUUACUUUGUGUUACUACUCAUCUGUGUGUGUCCAUGUCCAGUCCCUGGCGACACUUGUUCCCCUUCACACACACACACUUCCUUGAUGUGUGGUGCUCCAGACCCUUUUGCAUGUGCACAUGCAGAUUUAUGUCCACAGUGUCUGUUACACCUCACCCAAGUGUCCAUGACUACAGUCCUCUUAUUUUAGCAUAUUCUAAAUCCUUAUUCUCUAUUUGCUGUGUAUGUAUGUUUGUGGAAAACGCUCAACAAGAACACGCAUCCGCCUAGAGAGGAAUGUGCAUUGUGUUUUUUGUUUUUGUUUUUCUCUUACAAUAAUGCAGAUGAAAUGAGUGUUGGUGCUGGUAUGAUCAGUGUGCAUGCGUGUUCGCUUCGUCUUUAUGUUCAUUUAUUGCUCACUCUCAGACUCUGUGCAGUGUUAAUUCCACUUCACACAUACAUCGUUGCUUUGUUUUGUGCGUGUGAACGAACAGCAGUGCAUCUUCCUCGAUUUUUUUUUUUUUUUUUCCCUCCGUCCCAGUAGACUCACUUCCUUUUUAAACGUGUAUUUUGUUCCUGUGCGUGUUUUUGGCCACAGUCCUCCGUUACACUCAUUACACUCUGACUACAUGCGUCCAUUUCUACACUGCUGUUUACUUCACUCAGUACAUUUAUUAUGUGUGUGUUUAUUAUGGGGAAAAAAAAUAUCCUCUCUGAGCUUUAACAAUGGUUCUGAUUUACGCUCGUUUCCUCCUAUAACUUGCUGACUGAAAUUGAAGAGGGGGGGGGGCGCUUUAGCCACUGAGUUUCUUUCAUUUUUGUCCUAUUGUAUAUGUCGUGUUUAUGUAUGAACGAGAAAACAGUUCUGUAAUCCACUGUCAUGCCAAAUCUAGGGAGAAAGUGCAGGAGGAAAGGGAUUACUCUUUAAAAGCUGGAAUGUGUGUGUGUGUGUGUGCAUUCUAACUGGAUGGCAAUGUACAAUCCCCAUAAUGCAUAAUGGCAGCCGGGUAAACGGGGGUGGGAAGGGGUGUAAUCUGGCAUAGACAUUCUACUUUUGUACUGAAUGAUUUGUUUCUAAUUGAUCCUGUGAGCGAAUCAUCGCUGUGUGUGAGUGUGUGGUGUUUAUUUUUUAUUUCUUUUUAAAACAAAUAUCGUUCCUACUGUUUGCAAUUUUUGACUUUAAACUGUGAGAGCGUCUCGCCGUCGGUUGUUGUCGUUCCGAUUCUCGAUUGACAAAAACCCUAAAAGCUUUAGAAAAAAACCAGCACAAAGAGGCCGAACGAGAAACUCUUCCACCCUGGAGAACAUUCGGAGAACGUCUAUGCAGCGAAGGACGAGGCUUCCAUUAAGAAUAAAUCUGUGUUUAUGCGUAAAUAAUAAAUAGAAUUUAAAAAAAAAAAAAUCCCAAGUGGAAUUUAAAGGGUUUUUAACGAGAAAAAAAAAUCAAAAAAAUCCUUCAAACGCACGUGCCAUGACUGACAUCCGUAUUUCUUUUUGUUUUCUUCUCCAAAAAUAAAAGCGGGCCAGUUGUAGCAGACUUUGGAGCAUUAUUAGCGUUAAUGUUAUUGUUAAAUGUUUGAUUCAGCGACUUCAUGACACUCCUCAGCGGCAAAAGUUUUUAAACUGAAAAUACACCGUUCUGGUUUUACGCUCACACAAACGCGCGCAUCCUCGAUAUGCACACCGCUUCGCUAGGACUGUUUUUGAAAAAUACAAAGAUUUCAAACCGUGGCAGAAAUGACGCGAGCGAGCAGGACGUCUCCUCAGCGUUCCUGCCGUCGUCUUUAGCAUCAAUGUGUUUCGCUUGGGGGAAACUGCACUUUUUUGAAGGACAAUCCUUAUUUGUAACGGUCAUUGUUAACAAUAUUUAGUCGACGAAUAAUUACGAGAACACAAGGUAGAAACUCUUGUAGUGAUGAAUGUUUCCUCUAACGCUGUUUUUAUUUUUCCUCUUUGUUGCUUGGUUUUCGAUUUAAGUGGAAUAAAGCCGUAGAGUAGGUUUUUAGCUCUUUUUUUUUUUGUUGUUGUUGUUGCCUCUACUUGUAGACUGAUUAACUGUUUGUAAUGUUCUGAUCUUAAUAUCAGAAUACAAAGCUGUAUAAACCUGGGUGCAACCCGCAAUAAAUAAAUAAAAAGUCUAACAUUGAA